CGCUAUACUGUUCCGCCCCCGCACACCGCGUUUUUUCGUUGCAAAACCCUCCGCGCACAUAUAGAUUUUCAGCGCACGUUAUUAUCACGAAUCGAGAGAAAAAUUAUAAAUCGUUUGGAGAGAAAAAUAAAACUGUGUUAUAGUACACACCGUGCGUGAAUGACUUUGAGCCGGCGAGCAAAACAAAGCUCGCGUGUAUCGUAUAAUCGACUCGCGGAACUCCGACAGUUGUUUACCUACACGCGGGCGCGCGCGCCUCUUCUUUUGUUCUGCUUUUCGCGCGCGCAUCGGCCGAUUCACACACGUCGUCUAUAUGUCAUAUACGUGUAUGCGCGACUAUUCGAGGAGAAAUUUUCACGAGAGAGAGAGAGAGAGAGAGAGAGAGAGAGAGAGAGAGAGAGAGAGAGAGAGAGAGAGUCAGUAUCUGCGAGACCUUCGUGCGAGCGACGCGCUGCUCUGGAUUUCGAGCGUCGAGUGUGUAAGAGUUCCUGUGGGUGUUUCGGCUCGUUCUGAAAAAGAAUUUGUUUAGAAUUACUGGCCACGUCGCAGAUUGACUCCACGAUGACGUCGAAUGUGGAGAAGCCAGUGCAGCUGCGCUCGUACAAGCCGUCCAGUCAGCGCAAGUACUUCCCCGACCCCGGCUCCGUCGUCGACAAGGAGAACAUCGCCCAUCCCGAGAAUAAUAAGCCUGUACCGAGUGUCUCCCGGAAACUAUUCAUCUCGCCGACAUCGAGCUCCAAGCCGAGGAAAAACUCCGACAACAGCUACGACCGAGCGCUCCGAUCCAAGGGCUUGCAAGAGGUCAACAAGUCGAACAACAACAAUCAAGGCGUCGUGCCAAAGAAACGGAAUCUCUCCUCGGGCGACACGUCCGGAGUGAAGUCGCUCACGAGGACGCGCUUUUCGAUCUACGGCGACGAGAGUUCCAAGAGGAGCGACGAUGCGACGGGGAAAUUCUCGCGUCACAGAGCCACCGAGCCGAGGCCGUCCGUCAGGUUCGAGCAGCCGAAAUCGACUUGUCUGCGCGAGAAUUUCAGGAGCAACGCUGUUGCUCCGAUCCAGAGAAACAGGGACAGCGAUGGCAAAUUGUCGAGCAGAGGAUCGUCCAGCUCCUCGAGAGUUUCCCCGGCGGAUCCGCCCCACAUCACCCGACCGAAUGUGUCCAAGAUCAAGGAGACCCACAAGCAGACGUCCAUUCUGAAGAAGACGCCCAAAGCGGUCUACGACGUCCUGUCCCUGGAGUUGGCCUACAACAUAGACUACAUGUCGGAGUACGUGAGGUUCCAGAUGGAGAUCAACGAGAAGAAGAUGCUGUCGCCGAAUUUCCUCACGAGAGGCGUCACGUCGGACCAGAGACGACUGAUCGUCAAGUACCUGAUUAGCUCUACUACGUACUACAAGUACCCGUCCUUCAUACUCUACCAGGCUGUGAAAAUCUUCGACUCGUACAUCGACGCCGUGAAAGUGAGCGUCAACGAUCUGCAGAUCGUGGCACUGGCGGCGCUUUGGAUCGCCUUGAAGAAGGACUUGAUCACCGGUGACAUUCCAGAGGCCUCGUCGAUAAUUGAGCUCGGAGGCUCGACCUUCCAGGGCGACAAGAAGCCCUUGAUCGAGAGCGAGAAGAAGAUUCUGAUGUCGCUGAAUUUCGAGAUAUCCUUCGCGGACCCGUUCUCCAUGCUGGCUCUCUACACCGUCAUGAUCGACGAGGUCCGAGCGUUGGAUGCCAGCAGAGUGCAGGAGCUGUAUUACUGCGGCUGCUACUUGAUGGACCUGUCGCUGCUGGUCGACGAGAUGCUGACCAUCCCAGCCGUUCACUUGGCAGCCAUCAGUGCGGAAAUCACUCUCGUACUGAACAUGACCAGCGACGAGAACAUGGGCGACCCCCAGUGGUCGUAUUGGCGGAACCAGGUGUUCAAGGCUAAUCCCAUAAUCGAGAGAUAUCGUUUGCCGGAGGCCCAGAUGAACGACAUCAGGAGUAAACUGCUGCAAAAGUCCAUGCUGUCGAAAGAAGCCACAACGGACUACUACAUCGUCUACAAGAAAUACGGUACUAAGCGUUACGGACCAGUGUCGAAGUUCAUGCUGUCGAAAAUUUCGUCGCUCUUCGUCGAGCGAAUGAGGAAUCCGCAGUUAGCGUUUCUGCCAAUCGUUUUCUAAUCGAUUAUUAUUUGCAAUACUUUUAAACAAUGUGUACAUACUAAUGAGCGAUUGCCUCCUAAUUUCGCGUCGCUUCUCGCACCUCUAUAAACAAAAGUAUACAUCAUAGAUUAUAAUCGCGCGAAGAGAUCCAGAGGGGGACGCGCGAAGAUAAGCUUCGAGUUCGAAAUCCUAUGAAAAAAGACAAACUGUCAUUACGAAUGUAUGAGAUUUUAUUUAUCAGACUUUAAUUGUGCAAAAUGAGAAAUUCGAUGUAUAGGUAAGAAGCAUCCGUCGUCGAGUCAGUACUCGUAGUCCCGUUGAAUCGCGGCCCACUGCUUCCAGUGGUUCCAGGAAUUGUCGAUGGAUACCAGUUUUCUCGUCUCGUCCUGGAAAAAGCGAAUAUCAUAAGAAUCACAACCGAUCGAUCGAGUCUCGGACGAGCAUAUUUGCGGACAUAGUCACGUAAUUAUUUAGUAGUGUAAUAUAUAUGUAUACGCGAUCGAAACUAGAACGUAUCUCGUACGCAAUAUAAUACCAGAAAAGGCUGAUAAACAAAAAUAAAUUCUAUUUUUAAUUACAUAUUAUACACUAUACUCGUAAGCAAAUUUGAAAGUUAAAAUACAUACGCAAUUCAUGAUAAAAA